AUGGAAUUCACCCCCGCGCUGCACCCCCCCCUCGACACGCUCAAGCCCUCCCUCUUUGAGCUCCUCUCCGAACAACAACUCUCCGCGCUCCUCCCCCCGACCCUGCGCUAUCUGCUCACGCUCCUCACGCACCGCCACCCGCGGCUCUUCCUGCGCCUUCUCAACCGCUUCGACGAGCUGUACGCGCUCGGCGCGCUCCUCGUCGAGCGCCACUACCUGCGCACGCGCGGCGGCGCCUUCACCGAGCACUUCUACGGGCUCAAGCGCGAGCGCGCCUUGGCCGCCGAGCUCCCCCGCGCGACCGCGGCGGCGCCGGGGGCGGUGCGGGAGGCGUUGCGGUUGGGGAGGGGCGAUGUGUGGCGGAAUUUGGCGGUUGUGGUGGGCGUGCCGUAUUUGAAGAGGAAGUUGGACGAGGUGUAUGAGGUGGAUGCGCCGCGCGCGUUGUUGGGGGCGGCGUAUAACCAGCGCCCGGGGGCGGGGGCGGGGUGGAGGGAGAGGGUGCGGUUUUGGUGGAGGUGGUUCUUGAGGAGGGUGUAUCCUGGGGUGAAUGCGGCGUAUUAUUUGGCGAUGUUGGCGUUUAAUUUGGCGUAUUUGUUUGAUAACUCCAAGUAUCACAGCCCGUUUUUGUGGUUGAUUGGGACCAGGGUGCGGCGGAUGAACGGGGCGGAUUACCGGGCGAUCGAGGCGCUGGAGGAGAAGGUGGCGAAGAGGGGGGGGACGACGACCAUCGGGGCGAGGAUGCUGGGCGGGCUCUCGAUGGUGCUGCCGACGAGCAUCUUUGCGCUCAAGUUCUUGGAGUGGUGGUAUGCAUCCGACUUUGCCAAGCAGUUGUCGAGGAAGGCCGCUGAGAGCCUGGAUCUGCCACCGCCCGUCGUGACGGGGCUGCCUGAGAAGAAGGCACAGCCGAAGGCGGAGAAGGACGCCGGUAAGGAGGAGGAGGAGGAUAUUGACGAGGAGGAAAAGGAGCGGCGGGCGGUGGAGAAAGCACCCAUCGCGGCGUCGUCGCUUCUGCCCAUCUACACGGUCCCGGCGCCCGAGGACUCGGACCACUGCCCGAUCUGCGAGGGCGAGAUCACCACCGCCGCGGCCUGCCAGACGGGGAUCGUGUACUGCUUCUCCUGCAUCCACAAGUGGCUUACCGGAACGCACGCGAGGCAGGAGAAGUUCAUGGCUGAGCGGGCGGGCAAGUGGGAGAGCGGUGAGGGGAGGUGCGCCGUCACCGGGAGGCGGGUGCUGGGCGGGACUGAGGGGUUGAGGCGGAUCAUGGUGUAA